GACUGGCUCUUUCUGCAUUCUUUGCUCAUAAAAAGGACAUCUAUGAAAGGCAUUAAAGAUUGAAGACUGGCUGUUCUCCUGCUGCUCGUGACGGAUGAUCACAUGACUCUGAUCAGAUCUAAACUGCUGUUAUCCUCACACAAGCACAAAUGCUAGUGCUUUGCUUUAAAACUGCUGCUGCGCUGAUUCAGUCAUCCAACUCUUCAUGAAACAUCUCGACACAGUCAGUAAGAAAGUAAUUUUCAUCUUAUUUACUGAAUCAGUUAUUUACUAUUUACUGAGUCGAUCGCUGAGGAUUUAUAAAAACAACCGUCAGGAUGGUGAACUGCUGUGGUCUCGUGUCUGAAAAAAAUGAGCCAGUUCCCCUGAAGAGCAUCUCAGUGCAGCUGCAGGUUAAGGAUCACGUGGUCUCCGUCAGCUCCAGUCUGCAGUAUGUCAAUGAGGAGGAGCGCCCCCUGGAGGCCGUGUUCGUCUUCCCUCUGCCCGCCGAUGCCGCCGUCUGCCACUUCAGUGCCAAGAUCGGAGAGCAGGAGAUUGUGGCGGAGGUGCAGGACAAACAGAGCGCGCGGGAUCAGUAUGAUGACGCUGUGAGUUCGGGUCAGCAGGCGUUUCUGCUGGAAGAGAGCGAUGAGAGUUCGGAUGUGUUCAAACUGAGUGUCGGGUGUUUGUCUCCGGGUCAGAACGCCGUCAUCAUCAUCGUCUAUGUGAUGGAGCUCAGCGUUCAGGCCGACCACGCGCUGCGCUUCUGUCUGCCGGCUGUACUCAACCCCAGAUACACACCCAAAGCUUCAGCCGCUGGUGUUCCAGAAGUUUCCUCAGCAUGUGUUAUUCCGUACACACUGUCUCUGAGUGUCGAUGUGAGAUCUUCAGACCGCAUCUCCAGACUGGAGUCCAGCUGCCCUCUGGAUCCUCUGGUGUUCCUCGACUCUGACCACACUCAUGCCACGGUGAAUCUGAGUGCUGGUCACCGGUUUGAUAAGGAUGUUGAGCUGCUUCUGUACUAUGAGAAUACCCAUCAGCCCACUGCUGUCGUGGAGGCCGGAGCGGCCGCGGCUCAGCCAGGCUCUCUGAUGGGUGACCCGGUGCUCAUGAUCAGUUUGUACCCAGAGUUCACUGCAGAUGUGAUGUCAUCAUUGGCAUCUCAAGGCGAAUUUGUUUUUGUGGUUGACCAAUCCGGCAGUAUGGGCAGCGUGAUGCAUCAUGGGAAAGACGCACAGAUGCGCAUCGAAAGUGCAAGAGACACACUGCUGCUGCUGCUGAAGAGUCUGCCCAUGGGAUGCUACUUCAACAUCUAUGGAUUCGGCUCUCACUUUGAGCCCUUCUUCCCUCAGAGUGUUGUGUACAGUGAGGACACGAUGGAAGAGGCUCUAAACAGAGUGAAGAACAUGAAGGCAGACAUGGGCGGCACAGAGAUCCUCCAGCCGCUGAAACACAUCUACAGUCAGCCCUGUUACCCGGAUCACCCCCGACAGCUGUUCAUCUUCACGGAUGGAGAGGUGUGGAACACUAAAGAGGUGCUGGAUCUGGUGAAGAGUCACGUCUACUCUCACAGGUGUUUCUCCUUCGGGAUCGGUGAGGGUGCGAGUACGGCUCUCAUCACAGGAAUGGCCAGAGAAGGUUCUGGUCAUGCUCAGUUCAUCACAGGCACUGACCGCAUGCAGCCCAAAGUGAUGCAGUCGCUCAGGUUUGCUCUCCAGCCAGCCGUGGACAGUAUCUCUGUGGACUGGACCGUACCUGAGGGUGUUACGGUGGACAUGCUGUCCCCACCCAUCAACACCCUGUUCCAGGGUCAGAGGGCGCUCAUCUACGCUCAGCUGAAAGGACAGAGUUCAGGAACGACAGAAGGAGCAGUAACUCUGAAAUACAGGCUGAAAGAUCAACCAGUGACUAACCAGCUCCAGUUUACUCUGAAACCAACGGAAGGCACGGGACGGACGAUCCACCAGCUGGCGGCCCGGUCUGUGAUCCGCUCUCUGGAGCUGGAGGAGUGGGCCGGAGGAGCAGACGCCGAGGCUGUCAGGAGCAGGAUCGUGGAGCUCAGUGUUCAGGCAGGAGUGAGCAGCGUUCACACAGCCUUCAUCUGCGUCAAUAAAGACAGCAAACAGACAGUGAGAGGGCCGCUGCUGCAGAGGAGAGUGCCAGUACAGAGUUUGUUUCUACAGUCUGCCCCUAGGAUGAGAAUACGAGGAAUGCCAGCUCCCAUCAUGCUUUGUCCUGCAAAGUCAAUGGAGGCUCCUCAAAGGACAUUUCACUGUGAAAUGUUGUCUGCUGAUGUCAUGAUUCAGUCUGAUGCUGUGUCACAUCAGGAACCCGAGCCCCAGACGGACCCUUUGCUCCAGCUGCUCUCUCUUCAGAAGGCCUCGGGAUGCUGGGAACUGAACGCUGCUCUGGCUCAUGUGUUUGGGAAGACGGAGGAUGAGGUGACCAAUCACAGACCGGCACAGGUGGACGGGUCAGUGUGGGCCACCGUUCUGGCUCUGAUCUGGUUAAACACAUGUAGAUCAGAUGACCAGGUGGAGUGGCAGUUUGUGGCCAUGAAGGCGGCAUCGUGGAUCCGCUCUCAGAAACCGGACGGCCUGUCUCAGUGUGUGUGUGACGGGAACGUCCUGUUGGGAGGUCAUGUGACUGAAGACGUGCUGGGAAUCUGAAGAAUCUUGUGCUGUCAAAAGACAAAUAACUCUUAGUCUUUAUCAUAAACAUCUCUGCAUUUGAUUUCUUGGGUAAAAUAUAAAAAAAACAAAACAGACAGAUUUCUUUUUGUAUCAGUAGCAGAAGGAUUUUCCUAAAUUCAUGUUAUUGUUUUAAAUGUGAUUCUAAAUAUAUAAUCUUAAGGUACUUUGAGUUCUCAACUCAUUGAAUCAUGAUUUCUGUGUCAUCAUAAAUCCAGUAAUUUGCUGUGUUGAAGUGAACAGAUUGUGUCAGUGUGUUUUUACCAAACUGAUUUAUUAAAGGUGCAGUAAGCAAAUUCUGAGAAACGCUAUUGAAAGUGGAUCAUACUGAGCAGCACAAGACUCUUGUACCCAAUCAGCAAUAAGGGGUGUGUCCACUCAUGAUGGGGGAAGUGCCUGUGUUGCAUCAUAUUUUGGGGGGGCGGUGCUAUCAAGAUAACAAGAUGCACCUGUCACACAUCAUGUCAUUGUUAUUCUUCCGGGUCCCAGACCGCUCUGUUUUUCCAUUCACUUACUUGAAAAACAAGUGGCAUAUGCAUCAUCUCUGCCAACCUGGGAAAGAAUCGCAGCUUGGCCAGAAUCAGACUCGACUGCUCAGAUUGUGUCAGUCAACUUAUUAAGUAUUAUUUCAUCAACAUCAAAACAUGCAUGCACUCACCUCUCAACAUCUUUAGACAUCAUGAUUUGAGUCUUCGCAGCGGUGACUGUCCAUGGCCCAAAACUGAAGUCCUGUUUACUGAAAUCCAUGUGAAAUCACUGAUGACAUUCGGGAAAAGAGCUGAAGAACAGCAACACAAUCAGCAAGUUUCUUCCACUGCAGACAAACAAUGUCUGAGAAAGAAUAGAGUAUCAAAAUGAUAUUUAAGGACUCGUACUAGAAAAUUUUCUGUCAUAUUUACUAGUUUUAAAAAUGUUGUGCAAAACUCUAGUCCAUGUGGAUGUAAACUAUGAAUGAAUAAACUGUCUCCAGAUGGCAGUAUACAAUA